AUGCGUCUCCUGCUCCUUGCCAUUUUCGGCCCCGCAUUGUGUCUAAGUGCCUGUCCGUACGCUAGUGACAACAGGCGCAUAGAGCGACCAAAUGCAAGGCGAUCCGAAAUUCUUGAAACUGCGAACCCAAACGAUUGCAAAUCCUAUGGAUCCCGCACGAAACCAGCUCCGCACGCCUCUGACAAAAAAGGUGUAAUGUUGAUGAAUCGCAUCAAUCCAUCCUCCAUGCAGCUCUACAUCGCCAACGCAGAUGGUAGUGAUGAGCGGUUAUUAUUGGGCAACUCCUCUGUCUUUGAAUAUCACGCCAGCUUUUCUCCAGACGGUCAAUAUAUUGCUUUCACUAGCGAGCGAAAUGGGGAUGGCAAUUCGGAUCUUUACAUGACCCAUGUCAAUGGCAGUGGAUUAUGGCCCAUCGCGACCACCCCCGCAGUGGAGGAUGCAGUUUCCAUCUCGCCAAACGGGAGAUACGCCGUCUACGCAUCUACGCGAGAUGUCUACACCUCCAAUAUUUGGUUGACUGAUCUGGAGACGGGUUUCACGCGCAAUCUCACGAAUCAGACCGGUAUUACGGGAAAUCCUUACUCGCCUAGUGGGUUCUUUGCUCCCAGUUGGUCCCCGGAUGGAAACCAUAUUGUCUUUUCCUCGGAUCGUAAUACUGCAUGGACAGGGCACGAUAAUGGGACUGGGUGGGAACAUACCCAGAAUUUGUCAAUAUACAGUAUUACACCUCAAGGGACCAACUUCCGCUUAGUCUACAGUGAGCCGGGGAUGACAUUCGGCUCGCCUAAAUUCUCACCCGAUGGUAAGAGAAUCGUGUUUUACGGUUUGACCCUGCAGCAAACAUACGACUGUCGUUCUUCGUUUCGUGAGGACGAUGUGCGUAAUCAAAUUGUUUCCGUGGACUUUGCAACCGGCACAGACCGUCGUUUGGAGACCAAUUCGAACGGGUCUAAAGUCUUCCCGCAAUACCUUUCCCACGACAAUAUCGGCUAUUUGCUCAAAACAGGACCUGAUGCGGGGCUUCAUUAUACGGGAUCAUCUAGCUAUGUCUCCGGGAAAUUUCGCUCUCCUUCAUGGUCUCCAGAUGGAAAAUAUGUGGUUUAUGAAAAGACUGGAUGGGCAUCUCGCUCCUUGCAAAAGAAGCUUUAUUCUUGGGACAAUGAGUGGGAGUAUCGAUUUAUGGAUGUAUUCCCCGGCCUUUCGAGGAAGGGGAUGCUUGUUUUCACUUCCAAGCAGACGGGAAGUCCUGGUAACUCAUCUGUUGCCGUGAUGCAACCAAAUAAUCACAGCUUCACUGUUCCGUUUGGUACUUUUGAGAUCAAACCACACCCAAUUUCCAAAGCUACCGUUGCAGGAGGCGCAGCUGGCUGUUUCCAACCCUCCUGGUCUGCUGAUGAAGAGUGGAUAACGUUCGGGCUGGGUAAUUGGUUCGAGAGCCGCGCUUCUAAGCCGGGCUGGAUAUACCGAACUCGCUCCGACGGUUCGUACUAUGAGCAACUCACAUUCAGCUCAUCCAACUCCGGUUCCAAUGCAGGCUAUCCCAGCUACUCGCCUGACGGUAAGCAGAUUGUGUACCGGGUUUAUGAGCCGGAAUUUGGCCUUCGCCUCUUAGAUUUGGAAACGAAUAUUACCACCAAUCUCACAACGGAACGUGACAACCUCCCUUCCUUUUCACCAGAUGGCGAAUGGGUCCUUUUCACGCGCAAUGUAACUGACCCGGCAAGGGGUCAUUUUUCGAACUACGAGAUUUGCAUUAUUCGGCCGAACGGUACCGAUUACACGGAGCUUACUUCGUCUGCCGCCAACGAUGCCCAUGCUGUUUGGACUGCCGAUAGCCGGAUUAUGUGGUCGAGUGGAAUGUGGGGAUUCCAGGCUGAGGCGGCAAUUUACGAUGAUACCUUCCAACCGUAUGGACAAAUUAUGAUCAUGGAUGCGGAUGGUUCGAAUAAAACUGUUCUUACAGACAGUAUGUGGGAGGAUUCGAUGCCACUUUACGUUCCUAAUUCGGAGUAUUUCCAUUGA